AUGGCAAUGGCGGAGCCAGAGGCAGAAGCGGUGCCGCGCUCGGAGGCCGACGCUUUGGAGCUGACCGUCAUUCCCGAGCGCAAGACAAUCCUGUGCGGCUCCCGCAACACGAUCCGAACUCUGAUCCGCAUCAAGACGCCUGCAAGCUCCACGAGCCGGCCGCCUGUGCAGGUGGCGUGCGUCCUGGAUCGCUCCGGGUCUAUGAGAGGUGCGAAGUUGGCUUUCGCAAAGCGUGCUUGCGCCAAGCUUGUCAAGCACUUGGAGGUACAGGACACGCUGCAUUUCAUCACCUAUGACCACUCUGUGAACAUCAUCUUCACAGACGGUGACUUGUCGGACGUCGGGAAAGAUAACCUCAAGAGCCAGAUUCAUGCAGUGGGUGUCGGUGGUUCAACCAACCUGUUCGGAGGUCUUCAAUCUGCUGCCGAGUUGUUGGGACAGGAUGCACCAGGAGCCCACGAAGACGAAGCCCGAACCCCAAGUACACCAUGCUCCAGGGUGAGACGCAUUUUCCUGUUCAGCGACGGAUGUGUCAACGCGGGCGUCACUGAUCCGGCACACAUCUGUAGACAGGUCGCCGCCUGGUCUGAUGCGGGCAUCACCACUACCACCUUCGGCAUUGGGGCAGACUUUGAUGAACCUUUGAUGCGGGGAAUUGCUGAAGCCGGAAAGGGCCGCUAUACUUUCCUUGCAACAGCCCCAGAUAUUCCUCGACUCGUUUCAAAGUCCAUUCAUGACCUUUUGAAGCUGUUCGGCAGCGAAGCCGUCUUGGAUAUCCGGGGGGGCAGCCACACUGUGGUUGACAAGGUCUAUGGGGGAGAUGACGAGGAUGAGGAUGCAGCCAACACGGCAAGUGCUGGGCUGUUGCAGCUGGGCGACUUGCAUGCCGCCAAUGAACGAAUGGUGCUGCUGGAGCUCGCCUGCUCUCCUCCAGGCGACUUUGGCUUUGGCGCGACCAUCAGAGCUGCGGAGUGGAUGCUCUCAUACCAGAGGAAUGGGGCCACCGUACAGUUUUCGGGCUCCGUAGAGUUAACGACCACUGCCGACCGUGGUGACCGUGGGCGUGCCCAGGAGCAUCCGGCAGUGAAGGCGAUGUUCGCACUUCGCCGUGCAUCUGAUCUGGAGCGAGAGGUCGCAGAUCACCUCCAGCGGCGGAACCUUGUUGCAGCCAGAGAUGUGAAAGUCCAGCAGCUGCUGCUGCUUUCGCAGACGCUGGAGUCGCUUGCAGGCAGUGAUGUGGAAGAAGUCUUUGCCCUUGCCCUGCGCAGGGCCUACGAAAGGGCACAGCGAGUUGCAGAACAGCUUCAGGAAGACCAAGACAUGGAGCUUACUCGCCGCCAGUGCGUGCACGAAUGUGGCAUUAUGGAUGCCAUGAGUGUCGCCGGUUUCUCGGAUGGCCGAGACUCCUCAGCAGGAAGCGCCAUCGAGGAUGACGAUGCAAUGUCCGUAGGGUCCGUAGGCUCAAUUGCCUCCAUUGACUCAAUCGGCUCAGUGAGCAAUGCCAGCCAUGAGCGUCCCGCACCGGCACACACUCCUCGCAGAGAUAGUGCGCCCGGCCCUUCUUCGAGGGAAGCUAAGCUUCCCCAGUACAUGACAUACGUCAGGAGCUGGGCCAGGUGGUGCUCGGAGCAACCCUUGGGAUGCUUGCAAGGCCUCAAAGGACCCCGUGCAUCCUCCGUUUCUGGAGCUUGA